UAUUGUUUAGAUGGUUGUCAUGUCGGCAAUAGCAUGCAAGUGGAAACAGUUUCAGGCGGCGGAGGGAGGUUCCAAUUCAAUGAUUACUGUUAAAUUAUGGACAAAAUAAGGAAUAUGGAUGAAACAAAUUAAUGUGAUAUAAAUCCCUUGUCGAAAAGAGUAUACUUGACUACGUUAAAGGAUCUGUAACUGUUGUGAAAACGGGCACCUGUUCCGACGUUUCUCUUUUAUCUUACCGCCUGUGUUUGUUUUGUGACUGUAAACUAUGAAGGCUUAUUUGAAAGGUGCCGAUGGAAACUUAUUUCCACUGUCACCAAAAGUGACAACUAUAGGUCGUGAAGGAUGUGAUGUGACGAUACAGAUUCCUGGAGUGGAUUAUCAGCAUGCUGUCAUAGAAUAUUAUCAAGAAGAAGAUUGUUUUGUUUUACAAGAUUUAAAUACCGUUCAAGGAAGUUAUGUUAAUGAUGUGCGUGUUCAGAAUGCAGCUGUGCGUUUGGCACCUGCAGACAUUAUCCAAUUUGGAUCUAAUGGUGCCAUCUAUGAACUAUUUAUAGAAAAUCCACCACCCGUUGUUUAUCCUCCAGUACAGCAAAGACCAGCGUGGAAUCAACCAUUACGGGUAAUGGGGGAUUCACCAUCUAAUCACGAUCAAACACAAUCUAACCAAGGUUUACCAUACAUAACCACUACAGUCACUGCCUUACCCCCUUCAGGUAUGUGGGUUCAUCAAAACCCAUCAGGCCCAAUUCCACACCCACCUUUAAGAUCACGACCAUUGAGUGCAGGGUCAGCAAGAAGAGGCAGCUUUGAUGGUCGUCUGCCACCUAAUGGUCAGGUUGUAUCCAGCAUAACGCAAAGAUCAGGUAACUGGACAACACCUCGUAAUGGCACCAACCAGAAUAAUUCACCAGAUUUUAUGUCCAUGAUGCAGGAUAAGGAACAGAAACUGCUACAGCUAACGGAAGAAAUAGGUCGAUUACGGGGCGUCGAGAUGGAUUCCUUCCGCAAGGAUCAGCUCGUCCAAAAACUACAGCAAGAAAACUCUGAAUUAGUUAACAGAGUUCAUUAUGAAAGUAACAGGGUAGGUGGUGAAGCCGAUCUCUCACAAAAAUUAUCUUCACUAGAGAAUGAUGUCACUAGUAAAAAAACGGAAAUAGCCAUCUUGAAAGAACAGAUUUCAAAACUAAAGUAUGAAUCGUCCGAAAAUCCCAACAAGGUUCGACAAGAUUUGGCCGAUAAAGUCAAAGAGUUAAAUAGCACUCGUAACGAGAUGGAAAGAAUACGGAAAGAUAAAAAUAUCACAUCUGGAUUAGUGACCCAGAUGCAGCGAGACAUGUCUUCUAAGGAUUCGUCUUUAAGUAAGUUAAGUCGAGAAUUAGAAAUGGUGAAAAAAGAACUACGCGAACGAGAUAUCCAACUAACAGCAGCUAAUAAUAAGAUAACUAAACUAAAAGAGAAUUAUGCUGCGUCUGCUCUAGCUGACAGUAAACAAACAGCAGAAGCUAAUAAUGCUAGAGAUCGAGAACUCAUGAGUUUGAGACAGAAAUUUAAAACAGCUGAGAAUAAAGUAACAGAGUUGCAAGACUUAGUGACCUCAGUCCGGGGUGAACUGGAUAAAUCUAAGCAAUCCGUGUUCGAAGAAAGAGACAUUAAUCGUAAGCUUCAAGCUGAACUUGAUACAUCAAAGUCUCAGUUCCUUGACAUGCAGAGAACUGAACGUGUAGUAAGAGUUGAUCUAGAGCAGGCAACAAAAAGGUUGGAGCGAUUUAGAAAUCGAAUUAUUCAAGUUGCUUAUGGUUCAUCAGGAUUACCUGCCCCUGAAACAGAACUGACAGACGACGAUUUGAUUGACACUUUGAAACAGCUGAUUGAAGAACGAGGUAAAUUAAAGAACCACAUAACUAAACUUGAAACUGACAUGGAAGAAGUGAAAACUCAAAAUAAUGAGAUGAAGACAAACUGUGAUCAACUUAAAGAAUUAAUGCAAGCGAGUGUGCUACGAUUAAGUGAGAGAGGUUUAAAAUGUGAAUAUGUUGAUCAAGAAAUAGAAAUUGUUAAAUCUUUAACUACUGAUGAUACGUUUACUUGGAUGAGAGAUAUCAUGGCCGAGGUUCUAGGAGUCACAUCGUCAUGGGAACACAGUAUUGAAUGUGCCUUAGAGACCAGUGGCUUUAACGUCAAAUUAUCAAAUGAAGGUCCAGAUAAACAUAUACUUCAGUUAAAUGAUAAACUGAAAUCAACUAUAGAAGAUAAAGACAGAUUACAAGCACAAGUUACAGAUGCUGAAAAUAUCUACAAAGAAGAAUUACAACAGAAACUUGAUGCUUUAACAAAAGAAUUAAAUGACAAACUAACAGACGCAGUAGAAAAAGCCAGAUUAGAAGGUGAAGAAAAAUUAAAUGUAGCUAUUGAUGAAAUCCGAGCAGUUGAAGCCGAAAAACGAGAAAAUGUUGAAAUAUCAGAACGAAAAAAAAUAGAAGAACUUGAAGCCUCGUUGGAACAGUUAAGAGAGUCUUACUCUAAACAGCAAGAAGAAGGUGCCUCGAAACUAGAACAAGCCUCAACAGCCAUUGACCAAUAUGAUAAACUUAAAGAUUCAGAGGCCCAACUACGAGCUGAUCUGAUCAAAAUGGACCAACAGAAAAUAGAUGAGAUUGCGGCCAUCCGUAAAGAAAUGGAAGCUCAGGAACAGCUUCAUCAAGAUAAUUUAGUAGCUCAUAGAGAACAAGUGAGCCAGCAUGCGGUGACGAUCUGUGCUAUGGAAGAACGACUAAGUAAAGUCAGUAAAUCUAAUGCGGAUUAUCAGGAUGAAAUCAAGACAUUAAACUGUAAAAUGCAAGAUUUACAAACAGAAUUGACUAAAGCUCAGAGACCUACUAUACCACCGAAACCCAAGGUUGUUAUACAGAGAAAUACUGAAGAGUUAGCUGCCCUUGAACAUUUGAUUUCUGUUCUCAGGCUGGAUAAUUCGGAACUGAAGAAGCAGUUGUCGGCACAACAAGAUGUUAUUACAGGUUUACGUCGAGAUUUGACUGGUGCUUCUGCUCGUCUCUCGGACAUAACUGGCGAACUUUCUGAAAACCAAAAACAAGAAAUGGAACAGAAUCGAGAAUUAUUGGAGAGAAAGGGAAAAGAUUUGAAUGAAGCUCGUCAACAGAUGGCCAAAUUAUCUAAAAUAGUCGACAAACAGAAAGAAGAAAUUAAAACGCUAGAAAAAUCUCUCUUACGAGAGAAAGAUUUAGUACGUCAGUAUAAAGAUGGUAUGGAUGAUAAGAAGAAUAUGAUUAAAGAAUACGAAGCCCGUCUCGUAGACGAACGAGAAGAACAGAAAAAACAGUUAGAUCUUUUAGACCAUGAGGGUAAAAUUACUACAGAGUUGUCAGCCCUUGGUGCUCAGUGUCGUGGCGAGAGACACGAGGCUGUAAUAAUGAGACAGAGAGAAGCGCUAGCUGAACUGCGAGGUCGACUUAAAAUGUUAGAACACACCAGACCACCAUUACCUACACAUGAUCAAGCUCUACAACAAGUUGUCAUAUUAAAGAAAGAAUUAGCGGAGAUGAAAGCUAAUCAAGCUUUAAACGAAGAUAAUGUAUUGAAUAAUCGUAGUAUUUUAGAUCGUGAAAUCAACAAAGCUAAAGGUAUGAUAGCGAAGGGUACAGUUGAAGCCGAUAUAGAAAGAACAGCUCAUGUAGAAACACAGAGUUCACUGGACAGUAGUGAACAAUCAUAUUUUAAUUUAUUAAAAAGUGUCGCUGGUACAUUGGAAGCGGGAGAUGUGGAAGGGCUUCGACCAAUGGCACAUCUACCUCGAGAUGAUCGUACCAGAUUAUUGGCACAACGAGAAAGAACGUGUGACUUGUUGGUCAAGAAGAUAAGAGUUCUGAAAGAAGUACUGGCCAGAAAAGAAGGCAUGCUUGUCAAUUAUGAGAAAGAUUUAGAAAAAUUAAAACAGUUAAAGGAAGUAUCUGAACAGAAAUCAGCCCAGUUAGAAGCUUUAGUAAAUGAUGUACAAGGACGAUCCGAGGAAACCAUUUAUCUCCGAGAAUGUCUCAACAGGACUAAAGACAGAUUAGAACAAGAAAAACGUCUUAACAAAGCCAUUAAAGAGAAAAAGACCUUCCAUCUUGAAAAUGAGAGAAUUCAUUUGGAGACUCAACCACCAAAAUCUGCAAAAUCUCCAACUAGUGAUGACGCCAAGACAAUAGUACAGAAAAAGGCCCAGAAAGAAUUACUUAAAAAGAAAGAUUUUGAAAUAAAGUCAUUGAAAGAUCAGUUAUGUUCUAAAGAAGAGGAAUUACGAAGACAGGAUCAGAGAGUUAUGAGUUUAAAGGGAGAAAUUUUAAGAAAACAAGUUGAAGUAGAAUAGAAGAAUUAAUCAUCUUUGAAAAUAGAAUCUUUUUUUUCAUCAUGUUUACCGGUAUUAAUAUCUUCCUUAUGUACAUUUUAUCAUUUGAAAAGAGAAUUUAUAAUACAUUAAAACUUUUAUAAAAAUAUUAAUUAAAUAAAUAAAUCAGAUUUGUUUUGUUUUUUUAAAACAAAAGGUUGCGUAAAUAAUCUUCUUUAAGUGGCAUUCUGUAAGAAAUGACUGGAGUAAUAAACAAAAGUGGAAAAAUAGCUACAUGUAUAUUUUGGCAACGUUUCAAGGAAUAUUCUCUCUUGGUUUGAACAUAAUUUAUUGUACUAGAACCUAAAUACAGUACAAGUGGAUUGGGACAAAAGUUACGAAAACUUACCAAUGCCCUCACCUCAAUGUUAUCCAAACGUCACCUAAAUAAACUAAUAGCUGUUUUCCAUAAGUAUCCAUUUUUGUUUAUUACUCUUGUAUAGUACAUUUAUUGGUAAAAAGAAAAAUUUCAUAAAUAUGUUUAAAUGUUUAGAAUGUGUAAUAUUCUAUACUAAUCUAUACCAUUAGUUACUCACACUUUCAUAUAUUUAAAUGUGUAGAAAGUAAUAUUUUAUGCUAUAGAAAAAAUGAAUGUUUUUGCCUAUCAGGUCCCCCACAGUUCCAAGUAUGAUGUCAUUUAAGAAAAUGUCUAUAUGGUACAUCUAUUAAUAAAAAUGAAAAUUCAUUAAUGUUUAGAAAGUGUUAUAUUCUUUACCACUGGAAUUUGAUGUAUAGUAUAUAUAUAUUUAUGUUAUAGAUCAAAGACAAUUAUGGUAUAUAAAUAUGUAUAUUUUAUGUAGAUAUUAAGUGUUAAUUUUUCUGUGAUAUGUCAAAUGUUUAUUCUAUAUAAGUGCUUCUUGUCCAUCUUUUAAACUGUGAUAAAUAGAAAUCUAUUUGUAAAGUUUUAGAUAAUAAAUUAAGCCUUCAUUUGACCAGUUUUACUAAUUUAUAGAUGGUUUAUUCCCUUUUAAUGUAGAUAUAUUUAUAGAAGUUCCAAGUCCCAUGUGUUUUUUUUCUAAAUAUUUCUUUUUAAUUUGAAGAAUGGAAUUUUUACAAACUGUGACAGAUUAAUAGUCUAUAAACAGUUGACCAAAUAAGGUUUUGUCUGGCGGAGAUUUUAAUGUGAUUGGUUUGUGUAGGCUAGUCUAAGAUUAGUUCAAUUCUGUUAGAUACAAAACGACCAUUAAAUAAAUAUUUAUCUUGUCCGAUAUAUUCAGUUUUUUAUUGUAGAUAUUUUUAGAUUCAUUUUAUUCUCAGCAGCAAGCCUGGAAAUUAAGCACCUGUCACAGACAUGGAAAUUUAGUAAGACACAAUCCAUCUUGUGUCUGUCAUUUUGUCGGGCACCGAUUUCUAUUUUUUUUGUGUGUUUUUAUUGAUUUUAUUAAUACAUGCAUCUUAAACAAAGUUCAGAAUGUCUGACACUGGUUUAGUAGUGAUUGAUAUUCUGUCAGGUACAAUAUGUUUUGUUUAAUGGUCGAGAGCGAAACAUUAAGUAAUAUAUUGAUAAUGCACAAGGCGUAAGCCGAGUGUUGUUUCAAUAUAUUAUGCAAUGUCUUUAGCUUGAGACCAUUAUUAUUAAACAACUUAAAAUACAGAAAUAUAUCACACAAGUUCAAUAUUUCAUCUAGUAUAGAUAAUGUACGAUUGGCAAGUUGCCCAUACAUUAUUGGAAAUAAUGGUAUGCCAACUUCAAAGAAUAAUGUUACAUCUGUGUUUUAAAUAUUUUUAUUUCCAGUCCUGCUUGUUAGAUAAAUCAUUUUUUCAUUUAUGUGAAUGUUAAAGAUGCAUUAUGUAAGAAGUGAAUCGAUCUAGAAAAAUAAAAAUUGGAAGACAGAUUUUGUUCUUGCAUAAUGCAUCUAUUAUUUCUGUUGAUAAUAAUUGUUAAUCACCAAGGUCAAACCACAGCUAGUUAGUUUUAAAAUGCUCAUAUAUAUACAUAGAUAAAAAUAAUUAUGCUCAUUCUAAUAUGUAGAUAGAUGUUAAAGUUUCUCAUUUUUAAAUUUUAUAAAUGUUGAUCUGAUACUAUUUUAAAAUGCCUUUUGAAUUAUAUAAUCAUUUCAUUGAAUUUUUAAAGAAAUUUAAUUGAAUGACAUAUUAUUUAUCUAAACUAAUUAAUUAAAGAUUUUAAUAUUUAAAUAUGAAUAAAACUAUUUGGAAAUUUAAAUGCCUUUUGAAUUAUAUGAUCAUUUUAUUGAAUUUUUAAAAAAAAAUUUAAUCGAAUGACAUAUUAUUUAUCUAAACCAAUUAAUUAAAGAUUUUAAUAUUCAAAUACGAAUAAAACUAUUUCAGAUAGUUAUUUGUAGAUUAUUAUAAUGUUAUGCCUUUUUUUUUAAAACAAAAUUCCAUAAGUGCCCCAUAAAUUAUAGAUAUUAUUAACCUAAUUAAUGACAUAAUUAGUUAAUUAAUUAAAUGUAUUGUUUGUCCUGUUAGAAGAUCUCAGUAAAGACCUUUUGUAAAUUAUGCUCUAAUUUAUUAUCAUACCCAUUAUAUAGAAUCUGAAUAACAAACUAUAUUAAAUUCUAUAUCUUAGAAAAUAUUGAAUUCCAUAUUUUAGAAGAAUUAUAUCUGUAUUGAAAUUCCACUUUGGUGUUUUUUUAAAGUGUAUCUCUAGUUUUGUUCAAAUUGUUCUGUAACCAAAUACUGUAUACUAUCUU